CCAGACACGUGCGUUGCCGUUGACAACAGAGACGGACAUGGUGGGGAAGGCGAAGCGGGCUCGGCUCAGGCUGCACUCGGCUGCUGUGAAGCUGACCGGGCCGGCCCAGGCGGAGAGCCAGCUUCCCCGGGUCUGCCCUCUGUCUUGGCCGCCGCCCCCGCUCCCCGUGGACGCCAGGAAGCGGCUGAAGGAGGAUGCCGAUCACUUGUCAACGUCGCUUUUCGCCGGGACCAAGAUCGACCCGAAGUUACUGGUUCGAAAACUGGACGAUGAGGACUGCAAGACGGUGGCAUCCAGUAAGAAAGGUGACAAGGUUCAGCUCCCAAAGAAAGAGAAAAUAAAGCAAAGGCAUGAGCGAUGGCUUCAGAAGAUCGAGAUGAUCAAACUGGCAAAACAGAAGAAGAAAGCCCAAGAGAAACGGAAAUCCACCCCUGUGGUGGGAGACAUGCAGCCACUUUCUGAUGCACUGCCAGAGUUGACAGAUUUGAUCAGCACAAGCAACAAUUCAAUGGCCAAUAAAUCAAAGAGCAGUGCAAAGAAGAAACCGGAAACAAUACAGUUCAGUAGGAUGAAGCAAGCUCAAAAACGGAAAUUAGUAGAGGAAGAAGUGGCCAGGUUCAAAGUUACCAUUGAGAACCCUGCAUUUAAGGCAAACCCUCUUGCAACAGUCAGUGAGCAUCUUCAAAAGAGAAUAAGGCAAGAAGAUGAAAUCUGAAGAUCUGAAAAUCAUGAUUUUUGCCAAUGGACAUUUAAAUGUUCAGGAAACCAUGGAAUAAUUCACAAGCUGACCUUGUUUGUCAGACUUUGUUUGAAAAAAAUACUGAUUGCAUUUUCUGUUGCUGAAUGGUAAUCUUCCAGACUUUAUUUUUCUCAGUGCCCUGGGGAAAAAUUACUGUUCAAAUGAAGAGGCUCUGAAGACAGGCAAACAGAAAUUAAGAUCACUGUUGGCAUGUGCAGUGCAAGAAUUUUUAUUUUAGUAUCUUAGAAAAUGUUUUGUAUAUAUAACAUAUAUAAAAAUAAAGGUUGGCUGAAAACCA